CUGCAGCAGUCGCCAAACCUGUUCUUCCUCUCCCGGUCUCAGAAGUCUCUCCAGCUGACCGGACUUACGCCUGGCAGCUCUUGGCACACACAGCGCUGUGGCUGAGAUUUAGCCGUGCCAGGCGCUGCCAGGCAGCAGCGGGGCAACCGACCACUUCCUCCUCGACCUCCUUUCUCCCGGCUUCCCCUCCCAGGGCGCACUGUAGCUACUCCUUUGGGCUGUCUUCCAGCCGUCGCCCUUGGGUCCCCGGGGCUUUCCAGAGUGAAAUCGAAGGUGAAAGAAACAAGAGGGCGGGAGGCUGGUAGGAGGAGCCUCCAGGCUGGGGGGGGUGGGAGGAGCCUCCAGCCCGAGGGGCAGGGUAGGAGGAGCCUUCCGGGAGGAUCUGGGUGGAGAAAGGGGCUGGGCCAAGCCGGGAUGGAGGGUUGGUCACGCAGGCGCUGGGGGCCGCGUCGAGAACCCCACGCGGGAGCUUCUGGAGUCUCCAGCCGCCGCUUCUCACUUCAUUGGAGAAGGCAGCUGGGGCUGGGGCUGGGGCCGGGAGGGAGCUAAUAAACAGUGAAUGUGCAGCAGUCGCCUUGGUGGCCGGAGUCCGCCCGAGCGACACCGGAGCAGUGCGCCCGGGAGGCGGCGAGGGGAGGCGGUUCGCCUUGUCCCUCCCACCCGCGCCUCUUUCUCUCUCUUCCUCCAGCUGGUCCCAGAGCCCGGCUUGGUCCGGUCCCUCUGCCCCCAUCCCGCACCCUUCCACCUCCUCCGAGUCCCACUCCUCACCUAGGACGCCCCAAACUGCCAUGGGUUAGGGUGGGGAUCGCGACCCGCGCGAAAGACCAGCCCUGCGCUUCCGCCGGGGGACGCGGAGCCCAAACGCCGCUCACCGCUUGCGGGCGCCGGGCAUGGGGAGUGUGGUGUGAGCCCGCACCCGGGGAGGACGCAGGAGCUGCGGAGCCGGGCGCGAGGAGGAGGAGAGGAGUCGUGGAUUGGAAGGACCCGAGGGAGGGUGGGGAAGCGAGGGAAAAGUGAAGCUGGGAGGAGAAGGCGGCGGAAGGUGGAGAUUGAUGCUUCUGUUUUUUGUUGCCGCUGCUGCCCUCGCGCUGGGAGCCGAGCCGGAGGGAAGGCGGUGGAGAGAUGAUUGCAGAGUUGGUGAGCAGCGCUCUGGGGCUCGCCUUGUAUCUCAACACCCUGAGUGCGGAUUUCUGCUAUGAUGACAGCCGUGCUAUCAAGACUAAUCAGGACCUUCUCCCAGAAACUCCAUGGACGCACAUUUUCUACAAUGAUUUUUGGGGCACUCUUCUAACCCACAGUGGCAGCCACAAGUCCUACCGGCCACUCUGCACUCUUUCUUUUCGCCUGAACCAUGCCAUUGGAGGGUUGAAUCCCUGGAGCUACCAUCUUGUCAAUGUCCUGUUGCAUGCAGCAGUCACUGGUCUCUUCACAAGCUUCUCCAAGAUCCUCCUUGGUGAUGGAUACUGGACAUUCAUGGCUGGCUUGAUGUUUGCUUCUCACCCCAUUCACACGGAGGCAGUGGCAGGAAUCGUGGGACGAGCCGAUGUCGGGGCCAGUCUCUUCUUUCUCCUCUCCUUGCUCUGCUACAUUAAACACUGUUCUACAAGAAGCUACUCAGCCAGAACCUGGGGCUGGUUCCUGGGGACAGGACUGUGCGCAGGAUGCAGCAUGUUGUGGAAGGAACAAGGAGUGACUGUUCUCGCAGUUUCAGCAGUUUAUGAUGUCUUUGUCUUUCACAGGCUGAAAAUAAAACAGAUAUUACCUACCAUUUACAAAAGGAAGAACUUGUCGCUUUGCCUCAGCAUUAGUUUGUUAAUUUUCUGGGGGUCCUCCCUUUUGGGUGCCCGGUUAUACUGGAUGGGAAACAAACCACCAAGCUUUUCCAACUCAGACAACCCCGCUGCUGAUUCGGACAGCCUCCUCACCCGCACGCUCACCUUCUUCUACUUGCCAACCAAGAACCUCUGGCUGUUGCUAUGUCCAGAUACCCUCAGUUUUGAUUGGUCAAUGGAUGCUGUGCCUCUGCUCAAAACAGUUUGUGACUGGAGAAACCUACACACUGUGGCCUUCUAUACUGGACUCCUCCUCCUUGCCUACUAUAGUUUGAAGAGCCCGAGCGUAGACAGAGAAUGCAAUGGGAAAACUGUAACAAAUGGCAAGCAAAAUGCAAAUGGACAUAGCUGCCUUUCAGAUGUGGAGUACCAGAACUCAGAGACUAAGUCCAGCUUUGCAUGCAAAGUAGAAAAUGGCAUUAAAAACGAUGUAUCACAGAGAACCCAGCUUCCUUCUACGGAGAACAUUGUUGUUCUGUCUUUAUCUUUGUUAAUCAUACCCUUUGUUCCUGCUACAAACCUGUUUUUCUAUGUCGGCUUUGUAAUUGCAGAGCGAGUAUUAUAUAUUCCUAGUAUGGGCUUCUGCCUACUGAUUACAGUGGGUGCUAGAGCCCUUUAUGUCAAAGUCCAAAAGCGGUUCCUCAAGAGCUUGAUUUUUUAUGCUACAGCUACACUAAUUGUUUUUUAUGGACUCAAGACAGCGAUCAGGAAUGGAGACUGGCAGAAUGAGGAAAUGCUGUAUAGAUCAGGGAUAAAAGUAAACCCAGCUAAAGCAUGGGGUAACCUUGGAAAUGUUCUGAAGAGUCAGAGCAAAAUUUCUGAAGCUGAAAGCGCCUAUAGAAAUGCUUUGUACUACCGCAGCAACAUGGCUGACAUGCUUUAUAAUUUAGGGCUACUUCUCCAGGAGAACAGCAGGUUUGCAGAAGCACUACAUUAUUAUAAAUUGGCCAUUGGGAGCAGGCCUACCCUGGCUUCUGCAUAUUUAAAUACUGGUAUUAUUCUAAUGAACCAAGGAAGGACGGAAGAAGCCCGACGGACAUUCUUAAAGUGUUCAGAGAUCCCAGAUGAAAACCUAAAGGACCCUCAUGCACACAAGAGCUCUGUUACCAGUUGUUUGUACAACCUGGGAAAGCUGUACCAUGAGCAGGGACACUAUGAGGAAGCCCUUAGUGUAUACAAGGAAGCAAUUCAGAAAAUGCCAAGGCAGUUUGCCCCACAGAGCUUGUACAACAUGAUGGGUGAAGCAUAUAUGCGUUUAAGCAAACUCCCCGAAGCAGAGCAUUGGUAUAUGGAAUCACUGAGAUCCAAGACUGACCACAUCCCUGCUCAUCUCACCUAUGGGAAGCUGCUAGCUCUAACAGGUCGUAAGAGUGAGGCUGAAAAGCUCUUCUUGAAGGCUAUUGAGCUGGAUCCCACCAAAGGAAACUGUUACAUGCAUUAUGGUCAGUUUCUUCUGGAAGAAGCUCGUCUCAUAGAAGCAGCUGAGAUGGCAAAAAAAGCAGCUGAACUAGACAGCACAGAGUUUGAUGUUGUCUUCAAUGCUGCCCACAUGCUCAGACAGGCUAGCCUCAAUGAAGCAGCCGAGAAGUAUUAUGAUCUGGCAGCCAGGCUGAGGCCUAAUUAUCCGGCUGCUUUGAUGAACCUGGGAGCCAUUCUGCACCUCAAUGGCAGACUCCAGAAGGCCGAGGCCAACUACCUGCGGGCGCUGCAGCUCAAGCCAGACGAUGUCAUCACACAGUCCAAUCUCCGCAAACUGUGGAACAUCAUGGAAAAACAAGGCUUAAAGACUUCUAAGACCUGACACAGGAGGCAGAAGCCCAUCCUCCUCCAUUUUUAAAAGCUGGCUUCCUUAGCAGACAGAACUUCCCAGCAGUGCUAUGACAAGAGCUGGUGUUAGACUUCAAGACCAGGGCAGAGGUCAUUGAGGUCACUACCACUUCUGGAAGAAUCCACUUUGCUGUAGGCACAGCUGUUAACACCAAAAAGCGGAAAGCCGGAAACCUCCUGGAGGAUGUUAUUGUUACCCAUAGACUGUAAACCAGAGCACUUAAAACAGAAUCUUUUGGCAUUCUUAAAAGGGAGGGGUGGGUGUAUAAGUCACAGAUUUUGUUCAUUUUCUGAAAGCUAAUUUCAAAAUUAUCUUGUUCCUUAAACACUGUGAGAGGAAGUCAGAGUGUCCAUUCAGCCAUGGCAAACGAUUAGGGUUAAGUGUUACUAGGGAGUGAUAAACGCAUAGUGUGAGUCCCAGUGAGCCGCUGGUUGUCCUAAUGCUGCUGUCUUCCCUCUUUGGGGCAGCCUGCUUAUCAAUUUCUGAAGCUUAGAACACUUUUUUUAAUACUGUGUCAAGAUCUGUCAGAAUCUGCUAUGUUUCUUGACCAGUGCACAUAAUGUUUUAUGAUUUGGAUGUCAAAGGCUUCAUUCUUUUGGACAUCAUUUGCUUUUUAUGUUCUGAAAAGGGUAUGGAGAGUAGAGCUAACCAUACUUCACACUCGAGUUGUAUGAGGGACUGGGGAGGCCUUAUAUAUGUCAGGCAGGCAUUUUUUAAAUUUUAAUAUUGCCAAUAUUUUCCCCCAAACUGCCCAGUAGAAUUCAUUGUAUUAAUUCUUUUGAAAUUACCUUUAAAAAUGGCUAUUCCUGGAGAAUGUGCAAGCUUACAUAAGGAUAAAGGACAGGGGAGGAGUUUGUAAGCCUUGCAGUUCCGAUAACUAACCAACAGGUUAUUAGACAAAAGGGAAGGUGUUUUGUGCUUCUCAGAUGUUGCCGGUUUAGGAGUGUAUGAUGAUGCUUGCCAGUGAUUUUGUGUUUUGGAAAGGGUAGGUAUCGAAUGUUAAUCACUUUCUAAUAGGUACCUAAACAGCAAUGCUGAUAAAUGUUCAAGGAAUUAUUUUCAUCUUAUUUUGCUCUUCUCAAAAGGCAUCAAAAACAACUUACUUGAAGCUGCAAUAGAGGGUAGCAUUAGCCUGCAUGUUUCUAGGUCUUCUGCCAAGUGCUUUUCUCAGUUGAAAACUAUUUUUCGCUAGCAAAUUUGGCAUUUUAUUUCAUUACCUGUUAGUAACCACUUCAAUGAUCAUUUCACAAGAAAAAGACUAUAAAUUAGGUAGAGAACAACAUUUUUAUUGAACACUUUUUGGCUUGCAAUCAAACUUUGCCACUAAAAAUUAACUUCAUAAAACACUAGUCCAUUAUCAACUUCUUCACAGAGAAAGUAGCUAUAUUAUACCCUACAUAUUUAUUUAUUUAUUAUUCUACUAUAGCAGAAUAACAAAACUUGAUGCAUUAAGCCAGUUCUUUGCAACUGAAAAUUACCUGUUUCUCCUUCCCUUUCACACUCCAUGUAUAUAUGAUCAGCCUCUCCAUUAAAAAGAAGCUGGACAUGCAAAUACAUCAUAUUGUGUUUUCUCCAUAUUUUAUGUUUUUCUAUAUAUCUGAAUACAGUGGGAUAAAUAAUUGAAAGUAGUGUUCCUAUGGCAUUAGUGUUUUCCUGAGAAGGGUAAAUGUAGUGAGAAAGGUUUUUUCAUGGCAUUAAUAAGAAAGCCCUUCUGUAAUAUAUAUGUUAUUUUGUAAACAUUUCACUGAAGGGCCAAAAGUUAAAUUAUAACUAAAUCACUGUGUUUUCAGAAUGAUAUUUAACAACAAACCCGUGGUCAAACCAAAAUAGUGGGUUGAAGUGUAUUAUUCAUCUUUUAGUGCAUUGGCAAUUGCAAAAAAAAAAAAAAGGAAUUUAAUAUAAGGCUAUAGAGAUUAAUUCAGUGUCUAACAUUUGUAUUUAUUUAAAUAGUUAUUGACCUAUGAUGACUUUCUAGUCUUAACAUUUUGUCUUUUUAUUGUUGUUGUUCUUCCUUUCAAAGACCUGGUUCUUAAUAGGUUCACUGAAUGCACAGUUGAGGCACUUCUUGUGACACCAGUUCCCAAGUAGCGUUAAUAAUUGGGCCUGUGUCAUAAAAUGCACGGAUCAUUAAUAACUAAAUGUCCCUGACACUUUUCACUACAGGGCUGGACUUAGUAACUGACCAACUUCGGGGGGAGGGUUGGGGACGAGGGUGGGUGGGCGUCAGAACAUGAUCAGAAAAUGUCUCCGCUCAGGGAUUUAUGGUGGAUUAUUGCAGACAGUGCUAAAAAUAUAGAGCACAAGACAAGUUUACUAAAUUAAAAUUUUAUUUUUUGAGAAACUGUUAUUUGUAUAAAUUAUCAAGAUUUGUAGGCUUUCCUUUUGUAGAAAUAAUUGUUUUAUGUGCCAGAGAAUUUCAAUUUUGUUUUCAACAAUAAAGCAUUCAUAAGAAA